UUUCCAGCAAUCUAUGGUGAAUUUGCAGCAACGAAUGCAAGCAAAAUAUGGGACAAGGUGAAGAGGUGAAGACUAGGAGUGAUCCCCAAGUCGAUAUUCAGGAAAGAGGGGAAAUAUUUUUCUUCUACAGGCCGAAAGUGAAUAGAGAAGAAGCUCACAGUGCAGAUGAUGUUCAAAGGAUGUACAUAGUUUUACGCCCAGAAUCUGGUGAAAGGCCAGUGGAGGAAAAACAAGCCCCUGAUUCUGGUAAAGAAGGUGCCAAGUCUAAGCAUAGUCCUAGUUCGAGUCAUGAGGAGGAUGUAGGCGAAAACGAUGAUGAAAAUCGCCGAAUCAAGGAGCAUCCUGAAGGCGGACAUGGAGUGCAGGAAGUGAACAUAGAAAAACAACCACUGUUACGAUUCAUCGUUAUGGGGCGGAAGAGUCUUCCCGAUCCAGCAAAGAAGAGUAGGCCUUUUUGGGGAUUUGUAGAAUUGGUCACCACAAAGGUUGAUGAUAUCAAAGAUGCUCUCCAAGGAGAAGAAUAUGAAACCGCGACAAGGGGACAUCGGCACAAGCCAAAUGCUAGGGCCUUAGGAGAAGGUGUAUACCGUAUCCUAAGGCACAAAUACUCUGAAACAAAGAUGCACACUCAUUUGGUAUACAAGCUAGAACUUCCACCCGAAGACAAGAAAAACGAACCUCAAGAAGGGCUUAAUGUAGAGCGAGAAGGCUCUUUCAUUAUCCAGAUAAAGAGUCCCGAACAAGGUGGAGGGAGAUCUGAAUUUCAAGGAAUGAGCAAAAAACGCAAAGCUGUAUUUCCAGCACACUUGCAAGGGCAGUUUGGGGGUAAACGAUUUGGACCGGCUGAUCCUCCCGACUUUUUGAACUACGAAGGGUGUGAAUUCCUCCUUAUAUCGGCAUCUGACGACAUAGAGGAAGAACUAGGUUUGGAGCUCCACCCUGAGACAGAAGUGCCAGAUCCGAAGUGCUCAGAUUUGGUCAAGACUUUUGGAGCAGAUGCCAUUCCAACCACUCCGCUUUUUGAAGGUGCUUGGUGCUAAUGCCUUGAUGAUUGCAUACAUCUCUCGGAGGUUUCGGUUUUUCUAGUGCUAAUACUGUAGACUUGGAAACAAAAUAAUGUAGGAUGCUUUUGUGACCCGUCUAAAGAAGUAAAGAUCACAACAUCAUAUGUAUGUAUGGUUUAGUAAAGAACGGUGGUCUUAUGAAGAUCAUAUGCAUGCAUGGUUUAGUCUAGCACAGUGAAUUUAAGAAGUAACAUGGUUUUGUUUAGGUAUGUGCUACAUUGAAUGUGCAACAUGGUUUAUUUUAGGAAGCUUGUGUCAUGUUGAUUAUGCAGUAUGUGGUUUAUGGUAGAAAUGUAGCUUUGUAUACUA